AAAGGCGGAGGUCAGUAGGGCGAGCGGGGAUCUUUGCUGACGUCACUAGCGGUGCGUCUGACGGUGUGUCACUGGCGGAGUGGGGUGUAUCGGUGGACAUGGCGGAGCUGAGGAGGGCCGUGUGAUGCGGAGGAGCGGCCCUUCCAGUGAAGCGGACAGAGACGCCUUCUAGCAUGGGAAUCCUAUUCGCCAAGAUAUGGAGGCUCUUCAGCAACCAGGAGCACAAAGUGAUCAUUGUGGGACUGGAUAAUGCUGGAAAAACAACAAUAUUAUAUCAGUUUUCCAUGAACGAGGUGGUGCACACGUCCCCAACAAUCGGGAGUAACGUGGAGGAGAUUGUGGUGAACAACACUCGAUUUCUGAUGUGGGACAUCGGAGGACAGGAAUCUCUCCGUUCUUCAUGGAACACCUAUUACACAAACACUGAGUUCGUAAUCAUUGUUGUGGACAGCACCGACAGAGAGCGCAUUUCAGUGACCAGAGAGGAACUGUAUAAAAUGUUAUCUCAUGAGGACCUGAAGAAGGCGGGCCUGCUGGUCUUCGCAAACAAGCAAGAUGUGAAGGAAUGUAUGAGUGUAGCAGAGAUUUCACAGUACUUGAAGUUAACGUCAGUGAAAGAUCAUCAGUGGCAUAUACAGGCAUGCUGCGCUCUCACUGGGGAAGGCCUCUGUCAAGGUCUCGAGUGGAUGAUGUCAAGACUCAAAUCUAGAUGACCCCAGACAGACCUGCAGAGACAAUAGGUUGCUGACACUACUGUAUUUAUGAAUCCCUGGACUGCUGCAAACCUCCGACAAGUAUUUAUAAUCAUCGUGUUCCACCGGUGUCAGAGGGCGAACUCUCCGAAGGCAAAAACUGUAAAGACUACUUCUGAAAGCUGUGAUUGGCCUGGCCAUUAUUUUUAGCCCUCCUCCAUGGAACGUCAAAGGAAACAGGAGCUUUUUAAAACUUUUUACAAAGACAGUUUUACAAGUGAACGUGGUGCGAGAU